AUCAAAAUAAAAAGUUGUCAGUUUUAUUCAAUCUCUAAAUGCCUAUAAAUGUCUUCUUUCAAAACACAUAAAAUAACCCACCAAAAUCAGCAUUUAGCUUCAGAAAUAGCAAAGGCAAAUCACAGCAAACAAACGUCAAGAUAUGGAUCAAAGAUUCUCAAAAUAUGAAACUGGAGUUGCGAUCAAAUCAACAAGGGGACUACUAUUGUCUAAACCUUAUGAGCCCCAUUACCCUCUUUCUACCACUUCUUCCAAGAUUAAUGGCAUUAAAAGAGAAGCAAGUUCAGGGCCAAAAUUAAUCGAAAUCAUGAAAGAGAUGUUGAGUCAUGGUGCAAAAAUGAUUCAAGUUGGAAGCCAAAGAAAAAUCUUCAGGAAAACCUUCAGUAUCAGAGAGGGAGAGAAGCUGUUAAAGGCUUCUGAAUGCAACUUAUACACUACAGCAGGCAAGCUGCUAAAGUUUCAAUAUAAGGUGUCAAUCCCUUUAGGAAAGAUAAAAGGAGUAAGAGAAAGCAUGAACAUGAAGAGGCCAUCAAACAACUAUGUGGAGCUAGUGACGAUUGAUGAUUUCAACUUUUGGUUUCUGGGUUUUGUAAAUUAUAAGAAAACCUUAAGAUACGUUCAUCAUGCAAUCGGACUCCAUGCUUAA